GUUGAUGAAUGACUGAAUCAGACCAAAGUUCCCCACUUUAGAGAUAGCCAGACUCAGUCCAGCAAGAGGAAGUCAGUUGCUAAGCCCACAGCCAGUCUGUGACAGAGCUGGGGCUAAAAUGCUGAGGCCGGGCCCUUUCUACUCCUCCACACUGUUUGGCAAGAACAGACUGAGAAGUCACCUAGGGUAGCAUUGCACAUACAGAUUACAUGACAGUCUUCCUUCCUUCUAACCGUGGACUUCAUACUUUGCUGGCCAUAGGGGCUUUGGAGUUGGGCAAACCUUCAGAGGCCUCAUGAAUUCAACAUGAAUAUCUGCUGAGCAUCUCCCAUGUGUCUGCCCUGUGCCAGCCUCCUUGGAGGUCCCACCAAAAAGAGAGUUCUGAGAGAGAGGCCUAUAGGGCUAGGAGUAAAUGUAGUGGGGGGCUAGGCAUGACAGAGGCAACGUCAUUGAGAAGUCACAUCUAAAGGCAGGAGUUAGGCUAGGCACCUGGGAGGCUAGGAGAGUUCAGGCAGGGGAAGAGGUGUGCAAAGGCCCUGGGGCAUAAGGGAUCACAGCAGGUGAAGGUUCUGCCUAGAGAUUGGCCCAGUGAGGACGAGAGGAGGUGAGAAGGCAGAGGGUACUGGGGCGGCAGCCAUGAAGCCAUUGUCCUAUGAAAUAGAGGAACCAACCCACUGGAGGAUUUUGUGUGGGGCUGACCUACUCUGACUGGUGUUUGGGGGAGAUUACUGCUACUGUAAGGAGAAUGGGUUUGGGGCACCCUAGAAGCUAUUUGCUGGCCCCUGAACAGCCCCUACAGGAUCUGAGUAGGAGCCAAUGACGGUGGCCUCAGUGGGGGUGGCAGUGACAGGCACAAUGCCAAGGGUCUGUGACUUCCUUGUGUUGCCACGCAGGAGACUUUGUGCAGCUGUCCGUGCCCAUCAUCCAGCAGCUCUACCACUGGGACUGCGGCCUGGCCUGCUCCAAGAUGGUUCUGCGGUACCUGGGCCACCUGGACGACAGUGAGUUCGAGAGUGCCCUGCAGGAGCUGCGGCUGACCAGGAGCAUCUGGACCAUCGACCUGGCCUACCUGAUGCGCCACUUCGGCGUGAGGCACCGCUUCUGCACUCAGACCCUGGGCGUCGACAAGGGCUACAAGAACCAGUCCUUCUACAGGAAGCACUUUGACACAGAAGAGACCCGGGUGAACCAGCUGUUUGCACAAGCCAAGGCCUGCAAGGUGCUUGUGGAAAAAUGCACAGUGAGCGUGCAGGACAUCCAGGAGCACCUGGCACAGGGCCACGUGGCCAUUGUGCUGGUGAACUCUGGGGUACUGCACUGCGACCUCUGCUCCAGUCCUGUCAAGUACUGCUGCUUCGCCCCCAGCGGCCACCGCUGCUUCUGCCGUACCCCUGACUACCAGGGCCACUUCAUCGUGCUGCGUGGCUACAACCGGGCCGCUGGCUGCAUCUUCUACAAUAACCCAGCCUACGCUGACCCAGGCAUGUGCAGCACCAGCGUCAGUAACUUCGAGGAAGCCAGAACCAGUUACGGCACAGAUGAGGACAUCCUCUUUGUCUACUUGGACAGCUGACAGCGGGAGCCUGGUGUGCCCAGGCCCUUACACCCUGCCCCACCCUAGCUGGGCCAACUCAGGAGGCCUUGGCCCAGGCCCCAAGCUGCUGGGGCUUGGAUGUGGAACUGCAGCCUUGGCCCAUGUGACAAAGCCCCAGGGAAUUCUUGGAGCCUGAGGCGUGUGUGCUCUGUCUGCCAGCGUUGCACGUGUCGUCAUGUCACUUAUCUUAUGCACCUGCUGGUUGGUGGAGGCGUCCCCAGAGCAUCUGAGUAGAGCCUCCCCUAGGACCCCAGGCCUGACUUGAACCGUGCCCAGCGGACUUCCAGCCCUGUGGGUGCCCUUGUUGCCUGCGAACCAGACCCAGGACAGGGGAGAAGCCUGAGCUCGUCUCCCCACAGACUUGGGGGGCUGAGCCCUAGGGAUGCCACUUGUCAGGAUGGUGUCCGUGUGUUUGGAGACCAUGUAGCUAAGCCGGGCCCCCAGGGCUGUGGACUGCUCCAGGCCUUGCCGGGAGCUGCCCUCCCCCUUCUCCCCCAGAAGUGCUACAGACCUCCCUGUGCCCUUUGGUGGAUGCCGCUACUCCUUCCCGCCUCCCAAUGGACCCAAGUUCCUGUGGCUGAUUGCGAGGCCUCCAGGCCCUGGGGAGGGCUGGGCCUCAGGCCGAAAGGACCCUGAGCCACCCCCCUCAGCCUCCAGGUACUAUAGUGCUGUAGAUUGGAGGGCCCUCAGGGGAGUAGACAGGGCCCUGGCUCUUGCUGGCUGGCAGUGCUGAGUGUACCCCAAGAAUGCCUGACCCAGAGGGCCAGGUGCAUCCGCCUGGGUCCCAAAGGUCCCCCCAUCCCAUGACGGCUUGUGACACUAGUGUGAGCCCCGAUAGUGGGGCCCAUUCUCUUUGUGUGGGGAGCCCCAAGCCUCACAGACCUGGGUGCUGGGGUGCUGGGGCCUCCAUUCCAGAGGCGAUGGUGGGGCCUAUGGCCUCCCACCCACCCUAAUAUUCAUGCCAGUACCUUCUGCACAGAAUGUGGGUCUCUUCUCUCCUGACAGAGAAGGAUGGUACCUGCCCAGGGCCGCACAGCACUGCACGGAGCAUGGACUAGAGCUAUUUCCUUUUUUUUUUUCUUUCUUGGGGUGGGGUAGGGAGUUGUUUGGUUUUUUGAGAUUUCAGUUUUUCACUUGUGGGGAGUGAGAGUCACGCUGAAGUAAGACAAUAAUAGUGAGAUUGCAGGUACUUUGGAACCACUGACCCCUCUCUCCACAGAACAGAUAAGCCAGCCCAAGUUCUCUUCCACAGAGAAAGGGACUCACGGCUGGUGGGCUGAGUGCCGGGGCCCCUCACCUUACAGACAAAAUGUGGCCAUCAGUCUGGGGCGAGUUUGUACAGGACAUGGUGGGGUUGGGUCUUGAAUCCAGGUCUGCACCUAAAAACUAAGGGAACUGGAUCAUUCCCAAAGGGGCCAAGGACACCCACCCCUCAUGAGCUGUCUCUGGCAAAGAAGCAGGGCUGCCCCAGCAGCCACGCUGCCCCUGUACCCCUGUGCUUGGUCUUCUGUUGCCCAGGGCAUGAUGUGGUGGCAGCUGCUACCCCUCGGGACUGCAAACCGUGCUCAGCAUCUUCCCACCAGCCGACUGACACCUCCCCACCGUGGCUGCUCUGAGGGGCAGAGGUGGGCUCUGCUUAUGAGGGCUGCCAGACCACCCAGCCGUAUUGCUCCUCAACACCAGAUGCAGCCUUUGGCCCGGGGGGAGGCACCGUCAGCUGGUUGGCCAACAGGUUAGCCACCCUGGUUUCAGAGACUGGCGGUGUCUUCAGACUGGUCUUCUCUCUUUUGCCUUAAUGUUGGGUGGCGCAAGAUCCCAGCGAGCUCCGGUUUCAAGCCCAGGAAUACCACGUGUGCCAGCUGUGGGGUUUGGGCAUCCUCAGGACGGAUCUGGCUAAAAUUGUGUGAGACGCAUCAAGGAAAGCAAUGAGGAAGUGAAGCUUUGGAUGACAGGUGGGCUGUCACAGAAAGCAGCCUCCACGGAGAGUGGUCACGGCACCUCAGUCCAUCACACGGCAUGUAACAGUCCCUGGGCAAGCCACAAAUUAGAGGUCACCCGCCUGGAAGACGAACAAGAAAGCUACCUGUGCCUGAGAUGGUGCCAUCUGCCUGGGAGGGUCAUGAGGGUGGACGCAAACAUAAAGGCGUUCUUGGACACGUCAUGAAAACAAGGCUGGAGAAAGCCCAGACUUCAGGACCUUCUGCCCAUAGCACGUGGCACCCGUGACCCCUGUCCACAUGCUGGGGGCCCAGCAAAGCCACGCCGGACAAGUUGGUUUGGUUCACUCCAGCCACACGGGGACAAAAGGGAUCUUUUGCAUUGCAGAGAUUUUCUACAUAUAUAUAUAUAUAUAUAUAUAUAUUUUGUUUGUAAUGAGCCAUUCUCAAUAAACAUUAUUCUCACUGCAAAA